GCGUUCCAGGGCGCCGUGCUGGCCCGGCAGCUGGACGGACUUGCUCUCGCCCAACUUCGCUUGGCGGGCGCCUUCGGGGGCCUCGGCCUCCACCGAGAGGCCGAAGGCUGCAUCGCCGACGCUGCGCUCUGGGCGGCCUGGACUUCGAUGCAGCACCGCGUCCCGAGGCUAGCCAGAGGCCUCGGCAUGGCGCGCGUCCUGUGCUCAGGCGGCCCCGAGGCUCUCGAGGCCCGGCGGCGUUUGGAGCAGGCAGGCGUUUUGGUCGACGAGCAGGGCGGCGUGAAGUUCACCCCUGGCGCCCGCGUGGAGUACGCGAGCGGGCCGUGGGUCCGAGGCCUUGCUGUCAACGACCUGGGGGCUCUCAAGCGCCUCCCCGAGGCGUCGCUGCCGGCCGCUGCGCCGGGCGGCCUCCCCGCCAGAGCGCCACGCAGAUACGCCAGCCGCAUCUUCCGCCACCUGGAUGCUCUGGAGGCUACCCGGCUGUGGCGGGCGCUCAGUGUGGAGCGGCAGGAUCCGUUGUCCGCGGGGGUGCUGGGCGCCGGCGCGCUGUGGUCGCAGCACGCCGUGCGGGAGUGCGACUGGUUCCCCACCAGUUACUUCCGGGCCGCCGUUAUGCGCCGCCUGGGCGCCCUCAGCGCUCCGCCAGGCUCCGCGUGCCGGAUGCCGCGCAGAGCCGGCAACGACUCCGGCGAGGUCGAUAUGGAGCGCACGGUGCCGGAGCUGGCCCGGACCUCGGAGGCAGGGGCGGUGGUUGAGGCCGUCAUGGACCUCGUGUUCACGUUUCCCGGUUCCGUCCAACCGGAGGCCGCGGAGGCGGCGACCAUUGACAAGCGGGCCCAGGACGGCGCCGACGUCCUCACUGUUGCGUUCGAGACGUACGGCCGGCUCGGCGCCGGCACGCACAGCGCGCUCGAGCACCUGGCCUCGCAGGCUGGCGCGUGGCUCUGGGACCAGUGGGCAGUGCCGCGCUUGGUGCCCACCUGGAGGGCGGCGCUGGAGAGGAUCGUCCUCUUCGCCGCAGCCGACACUGAUCUGUUUGCGCUGGGCUGCGCGCCCACUGCGGCCGAGGCCCGGGCCGCCUGGGGCCGCGUGUUUGGUGGCGGCGGCGACGCAGGUACUGGUGGGUGA